UUUAAAUUAAAUAUAAAUAUUUGUAUUUCAGUUAAAAUACAAGAGAAGCACAUUUAGUGUAUUUUAUUUUUAAGAUAGAUUACUAUAGUGGCUCCUUCCUUAUUUGCAGAUCAUCCAAAAUGUCCCAAUCACAGAUCCCAACAUUAGAACCAUUCGAUUGCGAAGGUGAUACAACCUCAGUGAGUUCUCGUUGGGUUAAGUGGAAACGAGCUUUAGACAUAUACUUUGUAGCCACAAACACCAAUGAGCAAAAUAAAAAACGUGCAAUGUUAUUACAUUCGGGUGGUAUGGGACUGCAAGACAUCUAUUUUAAUAUACCAGGAGCUCACGUAACUAACCCUGACGUGAAUGACGUUUAUGAUGUCGCUAUUAAAAAAUUAGACGACUAUUUUUCUCCAAAACAAAGUUACCUGUUUGAAAGACAUAUUUUUCGACUGAUGAAACAAGAAUCAGAUGAAAAAUUUGAAACAUUUUUAAUUCGUCUGAGACGACAAAGCUCAAAAUGCAACUUUGCUAAAGAAGACGAAAAUCUUAUCGAUCAAAUAGUUGAAAAAUGUAGCUCUUCUAAAUUGAGGAAAAAUAUCUUAAUACUUGGGGAUACAGCAACAAUUGACAAAAUAAUUUCGGAAGCAAACUCGCUUGAAACUGUACAACGUCAGCUUAAUGAGUUCCACGAUAAACAGGGCACAAUUACAUCGUCUUCCAGCCUUAAUAAAAUAGACAGUCACAAUAUAAAACGAGACACUAAAAAUGAGGUUAACAUGUGCUGCCGAUGUGGCAGCAAAAAUCACAAAGGUGAUAAUAGUUCCUGCCCUGCAAUUAACGCUAAUUGCAUGAAAUGUGGUUUUAAAGGUCAUUUCCAAAAACACUGUAAAACAAGGGCCCAUAAAAGAAAAAGUACCAACCUCUCAUCAAAAAACAGUAACAAGAAUAAAAAACCUAGAUUCGAAUCUCCAAAAAACACUGACGCUACUACAGUAGACUAUAUUUUCCACAUCGAUGACGAUGCAACAAUAGAUUGUCAGGAAAAUCUCCUUCAGAGCUCUUCUAUGGAAGGCAAUUUAGAGACAAAUUACCCUUUUUAGCUGACCUCGAAAGUAACUACAAUGAU